AUGUCCAGAAAGUUCUGUUGGGAGAUAAGGAGGUACAAUGGUAGUCACACCUGUACUAGGGCCACCAUUUCUCAAGAUCAUUCGAAGCCGGAUUCCAACACAGUUGCAAAAGCAAUAAAGCCAUUGGUAGAAGUUGACCCGUCUAUAAAGGUGAAAUCAGUGAUUGCGGAAGUACAGGCAAAGUUUAACUACACCAUUAGUUAUCACAAAGCAUGGUUGGCAAAACAGAAGGCAUUGGAGUCAAUUUUCGGAGGGUGGGAAGCUUCGUACAAAGCCUUGCCGAUAUGGUUUGAGGCCAUGUGUCACAAGGAUCCAUCCGUAGUCGUUCAUUUUGAAACAAUGACUGCGUAUCAGGGAGAUGACUUGGUUCCUAAUAUUCGUGUACUACAUCGAGUCUUCUGGAGUUAUUACCCUUGUAUUAGAACAUUCAGACAUUGCAAGCCAAUAGUGCAGGUAGACGGAACUCAUUUGUAUGGAAAAUACAAGGGUUGUUUGUUGGUUGCAGUCUCACAGGAUGGCAACAACAACAUCGUGCCGAUUGCAUUUGCGAUACAUGUUGUGACACGUGAUGGUGUGGGCCUUAUCUCCGAUCGGCACGAUUCCAUUAGGUCUGCUAUUGCUCGUAGUAACGGAGCUUGGUCUCCUCCGAGAGCAUUCUACAUGUUCUGCAUCAGACAUAUAGAGUCUAACUUUCUGAGGAAAUUCAAGGCUCCGUAUCUGCAGAAGCUUAUCGUCAACAUCGGAUACUCGCGAAUAGUUCGCAAGUACGAGACACGUUAUCAGCGUUUACACGAGCGGGGUGAGGCUUAUACCAACUGGUUGGAUCGGAUUCCGCGUGAGAAAUAUGCUUUAGCAUUUGAUGGGGGAUAUCGAUGGGGUCAUAUCUAG